AAAUCUAUAAGCUGUUUCCACAUAUAUUAAAAAUAGGCUUUAAAUGGGAUCUGGAUUCUUGAAAUUUUUCAGAGAAAUUCAAGAAGAAAACAAAUAUGAAGUUUGGAAAAGAGUAUGUUUCACAAAUGAUACCAGAAUGGCAACAAGCUUACAUUGAUUAUGCUUGUCUCAAAACCAUUCUUCGAGAAAUCCAAACUUCACACAAAAGAUCAGAGAGACAAGGUGUCGUGAAACACAAGCUAUCUGGUCGCCGCAACUUCAGCGGCCUGACAAAGCGGUACAGCCGCACCUUCUCGUCUCGGGAACUCGAAAACCAUGAUAUUCUGGUUCACGCAACGACUGGGGAUGACGGGUUUGAGAAAUACGAGACUACCAUCUUGAAAGUUGCUGAAGUAGGGAGAGAGUCAGAGCUUGUUUUCUUUAAAACCCUAGAUCUCGAGUUCGAUAAGGUAAACCGUUUUUACCGGUCUAAAGUGGAUGAAUUGGUGAAGGAGGCAGUGGUUUUGAACAGACAAAUGGAUGCUCUGAUUGCUUUCAGAUAUAAACUCGAUCAACCUUCUUCUUCUUGGAGCUGCUCUGAAACAGUAUCAGUCGAUAUCAAUGCCUUGGAUUCUAAGGAACAGAAAGGGAAGACAUUAGCUGAAGAGAUGGGAAUCAAAUUAGAGGAAAAUGUAUCCAACGGUGGAGAUUCAACGAAAGAGACUGUACCAGAGGCGUUAAGUGUUCUUGAUCGUAUCAGAUUAAACAAACAUCAAGAAAAUCCUCUGUCCACAAUUAGAAACGUCCUCAAGCUCUCUAACAGGGAAGAUCUAAAAUUUACAAGAGAAAAUCUCAAGAAAAUAGAAGAACGGCUUAAGAAUGUCUUCAUCGAGUUUUAUCGCAAGCUUCGACAUCUCAAGAAUUACAGCUUCUUGAACACUUUAGCCAUUUCCAAGAUCAUGAAGAAGUAUGAUAAGAUUGCUUCAAGAAGUGCAGCAAAAUUAUAUAUAGAGAUGGUAGAUAAAUCCUACCUCACUAGCUCUGAUGAGAUCAACAAGCUUAUGUUGAGAGUUGAGUCUAUAUUCGUUGAGCAUUUCGCCAGUUCGAAUCGAAGCAAAGGAAUGAAUCUCUUAAGACCAAAAGUGAUGAAAGAAAAACAUCGAAUAACGUUUUCCACUGGCUUUUUCGUCGGUUGCACGGUCUCUCUAGUGAUUGCUCUUGGCUUGUUCAUCCAUGCUCGUAAUAUAAUGGGCGCAGCCGGACAUAAACUAUACAUGGAGACAAUGUUUCCUCUAUACAGUUUAUUUGCAUUUGUGGUUCUACACAUGAUCAUGUAUGCUUCAAACAUAUACUUUUGGAAGCGAUAUCGAGUGAAUUACCCGUUUAUAUUUGAAUUCAAAGAAGGAACAGAACUUGGUUAUGGACAUGUUCUUCUUCUAAGCUUUGGCCUCGGCACGCUUGCUCUCUGCGCUGUGCUAGUGAACCUGGACAUGGAGAUGGAUCCUAAUACUAAUAAUUACAAGACCAUCACUGAACUUGUUCCCCUUUUUGUUGUCGCGGUAGUGAUAGCUAUUUCUGUCUGUCCCUUCAACAUAUUUUAUCGGUCAAGCCGCUUCUUCUUCCUCAUGGUUCUAUUCCGGUGCAUUGCUGCGCCGUUCUACAAGGUCAAUCUUGCAGAUUUUUUUCUAGCAGACCAAUUAACAAGCCAGGUUCAAGCACUGAGGAGUCUGGAGUUUUACAUCUGUUACUAUGGUUGGGGAGACUUCAAGAAGAGGCAAAGCACUUGCAAAUCAAGUGAUGUAUACAGCACAUUCUACUUUAUCGUCGCUGGGAUACCUUACUGGUCACGUUUCCUUCAAUGUGCUCGAAGAUUAAUCGAAGAGAAAGAUUUAAGCCAAGGCUUCAAUGCUCUCAAGUAUUUAUUGACCAUUGUCGCGGUGUGCUUGAGAACAGCUUUUAGCAUUAACAGAGGAAACAACUGGAAAAUAGCUGCCUGGGUUUUCUCGGGGUUAGCAACAUUUUACGGUACAUAUUGGGACAUUGUUUAUGACUGGGGAUUGCUUCAUAGACCAUCUAAAUCUUGGUUGAGAGAGAAGCUUCUUGUUCCUCACAAAUCCGUCUACUACGUUGCAAUGGUUUUAAACGUUGUGUUGAGGAUGGCGUGGUUGCAGACUGUGCUGGAUUUCAAUAUUUCGUUCUUACAUAGAGAAACAAUGAUUGCUCUUAUUGCCAUUCUUGAGAUCAUACGUCGCGGUAUCUGGAAUUUCUUCAGGUUAGAGAACGAGCAUUUGAACAACGUGGGAAAGUUUAGAGCAUUCAAAUCACUGCUAACGUGGAGGGCGAUUAGGGUUUCUUACUUCACGGUCAAGUUUUCGAUGUCGCCGCAGGCGGUUUCUCCGCCAAGGGAGGAGAAAGGCUCCUCGCCGGAUGAAGGGCUCAUCUCUGGAUCGGUCGAGGUUACCAGAACGGAACAAAGUUUGGAUGAGAAUUUUCAAAGGGAGGAGUCGAGGGUUUCGGAAAGUCUGAAUCAAACACGAGUAGAUGAGGAGAUGGAAGUAGUUUCAAAAAACACCUCGGGAUCAUUCCCUGCGGUUUCAACAUCACAGCAAGUGAGCUCUGCUCCAGUUAAGUCAUGGGUAAAAGUAGCUCAAAAACAUUUGUUCACAAAGCAAGAGUUUGUGAUUUCGGAGGUGGAUGGGCAACAGAGAGUGGUAGUGCUAAAGGGGGUUUUUGAAGGAGCAAAGCCACUUUGGGAAGAUUUUCUCAUAGGGAAAUUUCUCGACACAAUAGCACUACAUGUGGGGAAGAUCCACAUGAUUGUGAACAAGAUUGGAGUAGGAAAACCGAUAAGGCUACAUCCAAAAACUGAAGCUUGUGUCAGUUUCGAAGAAGCUCAGAUUUUAGUUGAGGCGGAUCUCACAAAGGACUUACCAGCAGAGUACUAUCAAACGGGAGAAGAAGAGGGGGAGUUAGAUGUGGUUAUCAAAUACUCGUAUCCAUGGUUACCACCACGCUGUAGUAGCUGCAAAAAAUGGGGACAUGUAAAGGCUGAUUGUCUCGCUGCGGAAAGUGAAAAAACUACUUCGCAAGAAAUUUCAAAUCCGAAAGAAUCAAAAGACGCUGAAAUAGAAAAAGCUGCUACUGAAGGGGACUGUAUUUUAGUGUCAGACGCUAGAGGGCUAGAGAAUGUUGUAGUGACUGCAAAAGAGAAUGCAGAGGAACAAGAGACGACAACAGAAAAUGACCAAUGGAUAACGCCUCAUAAACCAGGCCGUAGUCCGGGAAAGAAGGCGGAAGGUUUGAAAUAUGGGGAAGUUUCUAUUCUAUCCAAUUCUUACUCCGUUCUUAGUGGAAAGGGAGAAGCUGAUGAGGAGGGAAAAGAGGAAGAAAGAAGUGGAAAAAUAGAACAGGAGGGCAAUAAUAGGAUUUUGGUGAAUUUGGAGGGAAAGAAAGAGAGCUCCAACUGGUCGGAGUUAGGGAGACUAAUGGAGUUUCUGCCUCGCGGCUCAAAAACCUCGCAAAAGGCUGCAUCAAACCCUACUACUCAACCAGGAAGGGAACAGAGUACUAGGCUUCUCCAACAAUAAUUUUAUGUCGAGCUUCUUUUGGAAUGUUCGCGGUUUCAACAAAAAUUCUAAGCAUUC